AUGUGGAUGAUGAUGUUUGGGAGCCACCCCUCCCCAGCAAGCGCCCCCCGCCGGUCAAGGCCCUGCCACCACUCCUCUUCAACCACCCCCACUGUAGCUCCUGGCACCACUCCUCUUCAACCACCCACUGUAGCUCCUGGCACCACUCCUCUUCAACCACCCCCACUCCAGGCCUGGCACCACUCCUCUUCAACCACCCCACUGCAGGCCCUGCCACCACUCCUCUUCAACCACCCCCCACUGCAGGCCCUGGCACCACUCCUCUUCAACCACCCCACUGCAGGACCUGGCCACCACUCCUCUUCAACCAUCCCCACUGCAGGACCUGGCCACCACUCCUCUUCAACCACCCCACUGCAGGACCUGGGCACCACUCCUCUUCAACCACCCCACUGUAGCUCCUGGCACCACUCCUCUUCAACCACCCCCACUGCAGGCCUGGCACCACUCCUCUUCAACCACCCCCACUGCAGGCCUGCCACCACUCCUCUUCAACCACCCCCCACUGCAGGCCCUGGCACCACUCCUCUUCAACCACCCCCACUGCAGGCCCUGGGCACCACUCCUCUUCAACCACCCCCACUGCAGGACCUGGGCACCACUCCUCUUCAACCACCCCCACUGACCUGGGCACCACUCCUCUUCAACCACCCCCCACUGCAGGACCUGGCCACCACUCCUCUUCAACCACCCCCACUGCAGGACCUGGGCACCACUCCUCUUCAACCACCCCACUGCAGGACCUGGGCACCACUCCUCUUCAACCACCCCCACUGCAGGCCCUGGCACCACUCCUCUUCAACCACCCCACUGCAGGACCUGGGCACCACUCCUCUUCAACCACCCCCACUGCAGGCCUGGCACCACUCCUCUUCAACCACCCACACUGCAGGCCCUGGCACCACUCCUCUUCAACCACCCCACUGCAGGACCUGGGCACCACUCCUCUUCAACCACUCACACUGCAGGCCCUGCCACCACUCCUCUUCAACCACCCCACUGCAGGCCCUGGCACCACUCCUCUUCAACCACCCCCACUGCAGGACCUGGGCACCACUCCUCUUCAACCACCCCACUGCAGGCCCUGGCACCACUCCUCUUCAACCACCCACACUGCAGGACCUGGGCACCACUCCUCUUCAACCACCCCACUGCAGGCCUGGCACCACUCCUCUUCAACCACCCCACUGCAGGCCCUGGCACCACUCCUCUUCAACCACCCCACUGCAGGACCUGGGCACCACUCCUCUUCAACCACUCACACUGCAGGCCCUGCCACCACUCAUCUUCAACCACCCCACUGCAGGACCUGGGCACCACUCCUCUUCAACCACCCCCACUGCAGGACCUGGGCACCACUCCUCUUCAACCACCCCACUGCAGGCCCUGGCACCACUCCUCUUCAACCACCCACACUGCAGGCCUGGCACCACUCCUCUUCAACCACCCCACUGCAGGACCUGGGCACCACUCCUCUUCAACCACCCCACUGCAGGACCUGGGCACCACUCCUCUUCAACCACCCCCACUGCAGGCCUGGCACCACUCCUCUUCAACCACCCCACUGCAGGCCCUGGCACCACUCCUCUUCAACCACCCACAUUGCAGGCCUGGCACCACUCCUCUUCAACCACCCCACUGCAGGCCCUGGCACCACUCCUCUUCAAUCACCCCCAUUGCAGGCCUGGCACCACUCCUCUUCAACCACCCCCAUUGCAGGCCCUGGCACCACUCCUCUUCAACCACCCCCACUGCAGGCCCUGGCACCACUCCUCUUCAACCACCCCCAAUGCAGGCCUUGACCCCACUCCUCUUCAACCACCCCCACUGCAGGCCCUGGCACCACUCCCCUCUCUGCCAGUUCAUCUGAAGGUGCAGUGCCAGGGAGGAGAUCUAGGCCUCAACAGAGAAGAGUGA